UUCUACACCAUGACUACAGUAUGACUAGUAAACUAAUCUGGAGAAGGCCAUCGAGCGGGGGGUCAAUCUCCAGACAACACACAGAAGUCACCUCGAUCGUGGAAUCUGCCAGCAGUCCAUUAACCUAUCCCUGGGUCGUCCAUACCCCCAGAGGUACAAUCAACGCUCGGACGGUCAUAAUAGCGACCAACGGCUAUACCUCCGCGUGAUUACCCCAAUACAAAGAUAAAAGAAGGAGAAUAGAAAGUGAGUCACCAAAGAAGAAGAAAGUGGUAGAGAUUAUUACCAGCUACCCAGGUAGUCCUGGAAAUGGCACCGAUGGAGGCUGGAUCAGUGUUUCUAUAGGAU